UACAAGAGCGAGCAGCGCGCGGAUUGCCAGUUUCCCACCGGCGAGGGGAGAGCCCCCGACUCGACCGCCCACGCAUCGCCAUCACCGACGCCACCGCCACCGCCGCAAUUCCGUUUCCCCCGCACCACCGCACGCUUCCCAUCCGAACGCAAUCUGAAGCGCCAUCCCCAAGACCCCAACCGAAUUCACUUGCAGCUGCUGCUCGUGUCAGCUGCGGCGGUGGCUGGACCCCCCCCCCCCCCCCCCCCCCAAAAACGCGCUCGCGCUUCCCUGCCGUCCAAGGACGCCACACACGGCGCGGAGCUCGCGGCGAGACCUUUAAUGGCGGCGGUGUCUCCUCGCGGUGCGUAGGGCCGCCCGCCCGCCCGCCGCAGCCGCCGAGCAUUUUAAGUAUCCUGUCUCUGUCUCCUCGCUUGCUGUCUUGCUGAUUGAUAUGCAUACGGCGCCGGAGAUGAAUGGCCGGGCUCGGAGGCCGGCGGCGGCGGCGCACGGCGCCAAGGCGGCCUCCACGAAGAGCGACAGAAUGAUGGAGAAGGAUCAGAGGAAGGGCGCCAUGCCGGUGAAGAAGGGAUCAUCGGCCAACGCGGUCACCAAAGGCAUCACGAACAGAAUCCAAGCGAGGAGAGAGCGGAAGCUCGCACUGCAGCAAGAUGUGGACAAGCUGAAGAAGAAGCUGAGGCACGAGGAGAACGUCCACCGAGCCCUCGAGAGGGCGUUCACGAGGCCGCUCGGCGCUCUGCCUCGCCUGCCGCCGUAUCUGCCAUCUCAAACACUGGCGCUUCUCGCGGAGGUGGCGGUGCUGGAAGAAGAGGUCGUCAGGCUCGAGGAGCAGGUGGUCAAUUUCCGGCAAGGACUCUACCAGGAGGCCAUAAUCUUCUCCUCGGCCAAGAACACGAGCCUCCCCGGCGGCGAGGGAUGCGUGCCGGCGCAGCUCAUGCCGUCGAGCCCGGUGCCGAACUCAGAGGUCUCUCCGGCAAAUUGUCAUUCUCCUCCUACUCGACCUUCAAUGAACGGGGUCGCCGGUGCAAAGCAAACGCCGAGAAAGCCUUCUCCUUCGGCGGCGGUGGCGCAAGACGACCGCUCCGGCGCCGGGAAAGAGAACCAGUCGUGCAGUAACACACCGGCUAGAAAUUGUCGCCAUUCGCCGCUGCUGCAGAAGGCAUCAAAAUCCAGACUGCCGACAGCAGCAGCGCCUGAGAAACGCAGGGCUACUGCUCAGACGAUUAGCACAGUGCCGGACCGUAAAAGGCUCGCAGACACUGUCAGCAAUAAUUCAGAAAAAGCUUCCCAAGAUGACUCGAGCGUGCCGAACAGAUUGUCGGAGGAACUGUUGAGAUGCCUGCUCGCCAUCUUCUCGCAGAUGGGCGGUUCAUCAGCAAGCGGCCAAGACGAGGAGCAGGCGGCAUUGUCUCCUUCGGUUUCAGGUUCUUGCGAGAGCUCAGAGGACGCAUACCCUCAAGAUCCUUAUGGCAUACUGGAAUUCGGCACAAGAGACGUUGGGUCAUACAAGCGAUUCCAUGUAAUCGACGCCACCUCGUUCGAUCAGACGGCCAUGGAGAACGACACCAUGCUUACCCGGAAACUCAAGGCUUUGAUCCGGAGGCUUUCAUCGGUUGACCUGACGGGGCUCUCCCAUCAGCAGAAGCUGGCAUUCUGGAUCAACAUCUACAAUUCGUGCAUGAUGAAUGCAUUUCUCGAGCAAGGGAUACCUACCACCCCUCAUAUGCUCGUGGCAAUGAUGCCGAAGGCGACAAUAAAUGUGGGUGGGCGCACGCACAGCGCCAUGUCGAUCGAGCAUUUCAUCCUGCGGCUGCCCUACAGCGUGAAGCAUGUGAAUCCUGGUGGAGUGACCAAGGGCGCCGCCGACGACGUGACGAUGCGAGGCGUGUUCGGGCUGGAGUGGCCUGAGCCCCUGGUCACCUUCGCGCUCUCCUGCGGCAGCUGGUCCUCCCCUGCUGUGAGGGUGUACACGGCGCGGGGAGUGGAGGAGGAGCUGGAGGCGGCGAAGAGGGACUACCUGCAGUCGGCGGUGGUGGUGUCGGCGCCGGCGAAGGUGGCGAUCCCGAAGCUGCUGCACUGGUACCUCCUCGACUUCGCCAAGGACGUGGACUCCCUCAUGGACUGGGUGUGCCUCCAGCUGCCGAGCGAGCUGCGGCAGAAGGCGAUGAGGAUCGUGGAGGACGGCAGAAGGGGUGUCGCCGCCGAGUCGCGCCGCGUGCAGGUCCUGCCGUACGAAUUCAGAUUCAGGUACCUGCUGGCCUCAUGAAGAGAGGCCAGUGAGUAGCAGCAAUCAGCGAGUGAAUUCGAGGGUGUUUUACUGCACCUUGUACACAGGCUUCCAAUAAUUGUGAGUUUUGUUCUUCGGUGAUGUGAAUGAAUGAAAGGAAGUAUAAAAGGUGUUUCCACCAGACCACGACUACUCCAGUCGAGAUCGAGUACCGGUCGCUUCUUCUUUCC